UAGAAUUUCCGCCCCAAUAUUUAACAGAGAAACUGCUGGAUGCAACUCAGUAAAUCCGUUUAAGAUGGGUUAUCUUAAACAAAUUGAUAUAGAAAACUUCAAGUCAUGGCGCGGGAAGCAAGUUAUUGGUCCAUUUAUGCGGUUUAACUGCAUAAUUGGACCAAAUGGCUCUGGUAAGUCCAAUGUGAUGGAUGCUCUGAGCUUCGCCAUGGGGGAGCGGGCUGCUAACCUAAGAGUGAAGCAUUUGAGAGAGCUGAUCUAUGGAGCCCACAUCGGUCAGCCAGUGUCCGCCACCGCCCGUGUGGCUCUGCUGUACUGCAGCGAUGAGGACCAGGAGACGGUCUUCUGUCGGAUAAUCACUGGGGAUUCCUCUGAAUAUCGCAUCAAUGGUGUUCGUAUUGCGUCUGCUGCGUACACUGAGGAGCUUGAGAAGAUUGGCAUUGUGACCAAAGCUCAGAACUGUCUGGUGUUCCAGGGGGCAGUGGAGUCCAUCUGCAUGAAGGACCCAAAGGAAAGGACCAAGAUGCUGGAGUAUAUCAGCCAGUCUAAGGAGUAUGCUGUGGAAUACAACAGGAAGAGAGAUGCAAUGCUAAAAGCUAAAGAAGACACUCAGUUUCACUUCAACAAGAAAAAAUCUGCCACUGUAGAGAAGAGGCAGAUGUCCCAGGAAAAAAUAGAGGCCCAGAGAUACCAGGGAUUGUUGGAUGAACUUCACCAAAACCAACUACAGCUGAGCCUUGCUGAGCUUUACCACAAUGAGAGGAGCAUCGGUGGCAUCAGUGACACAUUGAAGGAGAAGCAGCUCGCUGCAGCAGCUAAAAACAAUGACAUGCUCAACUGGGAGCAGACGGUUAAAGCCCAAAAGAAAGAACAUGGCCGCCUCACCAGAGAGCAGCUGCACAUUGAGAAGGAGAUCCGUGGUCAGGAACGCAUCAUUUCCCAGUCUAAGUCUCAGUACAUCAAGGCCAGAGUGAACAUUUCUCAUCACAAGAAAAAGGUUGAAGAGAUCCGUGAUACCGUGAAGAAGAGUCAGAAGCUGGUGGUUAAAAAAGAGCGGGAGCUGGCAGAAGGUCGGCAGGAAAUCGCUGAGCUGCAGAGGACUUUGAAGAACUAUGAGAAGCAGGCCCAGGAAGAGAGAGCUGCAAGGAGAGACAUUGAGCUGGACAAGGAUCAGUCAGAGAAAUAUAAAGAGCUGAAGGAGUUGGCCCGGAAACAGGGCGCUGUCCUGAGCCAGCAGGCAGAGAAGCUGCAUUGGGAAGUGAGAGCAGAAGGUGAAAAGAUGACUUUGGACCAGCACAGAAAGCAGGAAGUGGAGGUUGCCAUCCGAAACAGCCAAACUCAUCUGGGAGAUUUGACAGUUAGAGCAGAGAAGCUGGAGGAGUACACCAAGACCUGCAAGUCUUCCCUGGAGGAGUGCCGUCAGCUGGAGAAGAACCUGAGUGCAGAGCUUGAGCGGGUCUGUCAGCGUAGCCAGGAGGUGAACCAGGAGCUGGGCCAGGUGAUGGAGGAGCUGGGGAACGCUCGUCUGUACAGCCACGAGAGCAAACGCCAACUGCAGCGCAGAGAACUGCUCGAGAAGCUCCGCAGACUCUUUCCUGAAACUGUGUAUGGCCGCCUGUGCGACCUGUGCAGUCCCAUCCAUAAGAAGUACCAGCUGGCGGUCACCAAGGUGUUUGGCAGCAACAUGAAUGCCAUUGUGGUGACGACGGAGAAAGUGGCCCGUGACUGCAUCAUCUUCAUCAAGGAGGAGCGAGGUGAACCAGAGACGUUUCUGCCCAUCGACUACUUGGUUGUAAAUACCCUGAAUGAACGACUGAGGGAAAUUCCUGGUGCCAAGUUGGUGGUUGAUGUUGUCCAGAUUAAUGCUGCUGCAGGCGCUGCCCAGCUGAAAAAGGUGGUUCAGUAUGUCUGUGGCAACGCCUUGGUGUGUGAAACCAUCAGAGACGCCAGGAGUGUGGCCUUCGACAGAGAGGAACGCUUAAGGACAGUUACCCUGGAUGGGACACUAUUUAAAACUUCAGGUGUGAUCUCGGGAGGUUCCAGUUAUCUGCGGAGCAAAGCUCGCGCCUGGGAUGAGAAGGACAUGAAGCAGCUGAAGGAACGCAAGGAUCAGUUGAUGACUGAGUUGCGCGAUUUGAUAAGGCUGAAGAGGAAGGAGGCAGACUUAAAACAGGUCAUUGCUGAAGCUCAGGGUGCUCAGACCCGCCUCAAAUACUCCAAAACCGAUUUGGAAAACCUUCAGAAAAAAACCAUCCCAAGAUGCCAAGCGGAGAUCUCUCGUCUGGAGAGUGAACUGGCAAAUCUGGACUAUCAGAUUCAGAUGCAGCAGGAGAGUCUGGAGGCAAAGAAUGAAGAAAUGAAGAAGAUUAAACAGCAGAUUGACCAGAUGGAGGACCUGGUGUUUUCUGACUUCUGUGCUGAGAUCGGUGUGGACACCAUCCGACAGUAUGAACACGAGCACCUGAAACAGCAGACAGAGCAUGACAAGAAACGGCUGGAGUUUGAAAGUCAGUAUGUUCGCCUGAAUGCACAACUUGAAUAUGAAGAGCACUGGCUGGAACAGGAGAGGAAGAAGCUUAGAAAAAUGGAAGAAAUCAUCAGCAAGGAUGAGAGAACUAUGUCUGAGCAGAAAGAGGAGGAGAAGAAGCAGCUGGAGGCAGUGGAGGAGGAUCAGAAGAAGCUGCUGGAUCUGAAAAACCAGCUGCUCUCUAAAAACAGCCAGGUGGCUGCUGAGAAAGCUGUGCUGAACCAGAAAACUCAAACCCUUCAGGAGAUUAACAAAGAGCUGGUGAAGCUCCAGCGGGAGGUGAUGUCUGCAGAGGCGGCCUUGGAGCAGAAACGCUUGGCGAGACACAACUUGCUGCUGGCGUGUAAAAUCCAGGGCCUGCCCAUCAUCCUGCUGUCAGGGAGUCUGAAUGAAAUCAGUGAGGUGCAGCUGGAUGUAGAUUCGGAAAGCACGGCAGCAUCUGUCGACAUCUAUGAGAGAGAGGCGCAGCUCAUCAUCGACUACUCCGAGCUGGAGGCAGAUUUUACGAGUCUGCAGGCUGAAGGGGAGAUACAGAGUUACCUGGACCGGCUGAAGGAGUCAAUCUCCUCUGUAGAAGGAGUCCUGCAUCGCACCACGGCUCCCAACCUAAAGGCCCUGGAGAAAAUGAGGGAGGUGAAGGAGAAAUUACAGGGAGUGAUGGAAGCCUUUGAUGCCAGCACUAGAGCAGCCAGGAAGUGCAGCAAGGAGUUUGAAGGAGUCAAAGCCCAGCGCUCCCACCACUUCAACCGGUGUUUCGAGCACGUGUGUGUCGUCAUCGAUCAGAUCUAUAAACGAAUAUGCAGGAACAGCAGCGCCCAGGCCAUUCUGAGUGCGGAGAUUUCAGACGAGCCGUAUUUGGGUGGCAUCAACUACAACUGUGUUGCGCCAGGGAAACGCUUCAUGUCCAUGGACAAUCUGUCUGGUGGAGAAAAGGCCAUCGCUGCUCUGGCUUUGCUGUUCGCCAUUCACAGCUUCCGCCCAGCUCCUUUCUUCAUCCUGGAUGAGGUGGAUGCGGCACUGGACAACACCAACAUUGGCAAGGUGACCAGCUUCCUCAGAGAGGAGUCCAGAGAGAACAUGCAGAUCAUCGUCAUCUCACUGAAGGAGGAGUUUUUCUCCAAGGCCGAUGCUCUGCAUGGAGUCUAUUCAGAUUUCGAUGGAUUCAUGUUCAGCCGCAUCCUGUCGCUAGACCUGCGUCCCUACCCUCUGGCUGAAGAAGAGAAUGCUGAUAGAGAGAGUGCAGCAGAUAGAGGACAGGAGUAGUGUAGCCUGGAAUCACCUGCAUGAGGCCAAAAUUAGUUUGUUUCCUGUUCAUUUUACGUUUUUUUUUUUGCCAUUGUUCUUAGUGUUUUUAUCUCUGGAGUAGUUGUCAGGAUAAAGUAAGUUGUCUAAAAUGCUAAAGGAAGACCACUGUGUUCUGCAGUUGGCAGUUUAUUAGUUAACUGAGUUUUCUUUUUUACUGUUUUGGAUUAAAUUUCAGUCUCAAGAUAUUUACUAGAUACUUCAUUGGAUUUUCAAGCUCGUUUAAAGCUACUUUUGUGGAUUGAUUUCUCUAAAUGUAAAAAUUCUGGACAGUUUAUACAGUAACAGAAAAAAAGCUUAAAAUUUGACCACAAAUUCAAAAGAACAUGUUUUUGUUUUGUAUGUUGGUUUUCCAUGGGAUGUCUUAAAAGUUGUUUAAUGUUGGUAUUUUAACGUGCUUUUAUAUGGGCUGUUUUGUGUGCAGUUAAUGUUUUUAAGCAUGCUUUAUGUUUAUUAAAAAUAUACAGCUG